CUGUCACAACAACACGUCGCCAUUUCACGGAUUGGGGGGACAGCUGAAACUCCCGCAAAAUAAUUUACAUCACCGGAGAUAUAGCACAACACACGAACAUUAUCUAAAAGAAAACUGUAAAUGUGGCGAUAUUUGGCUCGGGUGAAUGUGCCGGCCGGGGUUGAAGUUGCCAGUGAUCGGAUUUUUUCACCUCAACAGCUAGCCAGCUGCCAAGUGUAAACAUAAGGAUGAAGAGGGUGAAAGGAGAUGAGGACGCYUGCAGCUCUUCCAGCGAGGGCCCAACCGAGUCCUGCAAGAAGGUGCGGAAGCUACAGCCAAGCAAAGAGAAGCACCAAGAGGAGGAGGAGGAAGAAGAGACUGAUGUAGAUCUCUGCGAGUUUGGCUUCGACUGGGCACUGCUCCCUCAGGAGAUCCUGCUCAACAUCUUUCAAUUCCUGCCUCUUCUGGACCGGGCGUACGCCUCGCAAGUGUGCCGCGGCUGGAACCAAGCUUUCCACAUGCCCGAGCUAUGGAGGUGCUUUGAGUUUGAGCUGAACCAGCCUGCCAGUUCUUACCUGAAGGCGACACACCCAGACCUAAUCAAACAGAUCAUCAAGAGGCAUUUGAACCACCUGCAGUAUGUCAGCUUCAAAGUGGACAGCAGCACGGAAUCUGCAGAGGCAGCCUGUGACAUUCUCUCCCAGCUGGUGAACUGUUCACUAAAGACACUAGGGCUCAUCUCCACGGCCAGACCCAGCUUCAUGGAGUUGCCCAAGUCUCAUUUCAUCUCGGCCCUGACGGUGGUGUUUGUCAACUCCAAGUCCCUGUCAUCUCUGAAGAUCGACGACACACCGGUGGAYGACCCGUCCCUGAAGGUCCUGGUGGCCAACAACAGCGACACGCUGAGGAUGUUGAAGAUGAGCAGCUGCCCUCAUGUCUCCCCCGCAGGUAUCCUGUGUGUGGCGGACCAGUGCCAUGGCCUGAGGGAGCUGGCGCUGAACUACCACCUGCUGAGUGACGAGCUCUUAUUAGCCCUCUCCUCUGAGAAACACGUGCACCUGGAGCAUCUCCGCAUUGAUGUGGUCAGCGAGAACUCCGGGCAGCACUUCCACACCAUCAAGAAGUCCAGCUGGGACGCUAUGCUGCGCCACUCGCCCAAGUUCAACCUGGUCAUGUACUUCUUCCUCUACGAGGACGAGUUCGGCCCCUUCUUCAGGGAGGAGGUCCCCGUCACCCACCUCUACUUUGGUCGCUCAGUCAGUAAGGAUGUGCUGGGCCGCGUGGGGCUCCACUGCCCCCGGUUGGUGGAGUUGGUGGUGUGCGCCAACGGRCUGCGGCCGCUGGACGAGGAGCUAAUCCGCAUCGCCAAGCGCUGCACCCAGCUGUCGGCCAUUGGCCUUGGGGAGUGUGAGGUGUCGUGCAGCGCGUUCGUGGAAUUCGUGAAGCUGUGCGGUCGGAGGUUGUCCCAGCUGUCCAUCAUGGAGGAGGUGCUGAUUUCCGACCAUAAGUACAACCUGGACGAAAUCCACUGGGAGGUGUCAAAGCACCUCGGCCGUGUCUGGUUCCCCGACAUGAUGCCCACCUGGUAGAGCCGUUGAAGGGGGCUGUGGAUUUACUGUACACAGAGUUUGACAUACUUUUCUCUUUUCUUCCCACCUUGAAACUCUGUUCGAAGCAUCCGUGGAGUCCAUGUUGGCUGCGAAGGAACAACCGAAGAUAAUCGUGUUCUACUUAAAAUGCGAAUUUUUCAGGGAUGAGAUUUUUCCUGAUUAAUCAGUAAUUCCUACUUUUCUCACUGUAUACUCCAUUCAUAUACACUGAACAACAAUAUAAACACAACAUGUAAAGUGUUGUUCCAAUGUUUCAUGAGCCGAAAUAAAAGA